UGGUGAACAUCUGGCGACCUCUGAUGACCCCAUGGUGACCUCCGGCGAUAGUCUAGCGGCCCCAGGGGACUGUCUGAGCGAUGUGUUCAUCAGCGUCAAGACGUCGGGCCAGUUCCACGUCACCCGUCUGCCUCCCAUCCUGGACACGUGGUUCAGCCGCGUCCCCACUCAGACGUGGUUUUUCACGGAUCAGGAAGAUCCGGAGCUGCGGCAAAGAACGGGAGGUCAGGUGAUCAACACCAACUGUCCGUCGUCACACGACCGAGACGCUCUCUGUUGCAAGAUGGCCGCCGAGUACGACGCCUUCAUGGCGUCCGGCAAAAAAUGGUUCUGCCACUUCGACGACGACAACUACGUCAACACGGACCAGCUGGCGCGCCUGCUGGGCGAAUACGACGCCCGCCACGACUGGUACCUGGGUAGAAACUCGGUCCACGUGCUGCUGCAGAUCAUGGACGACGACCGGCGAAGGGAGCGGAUCUCAUUCUGGUUCGGCACCGGCGGCGCAGGCUUCUGCUGGAGUCGCGCCCUGGCGUUGAAAAUGUCGCCGUUCGCCGGCGGAGGCCACUUCAUGCGCGUCGCCGAGAGGAAUCGUCUCCCCGAUGACGUCACUGUUGGGUACAUCGUAGAACACCUGCUGAAGGUGCCGCUGACUGUGGUGGACCUAUUUCACUCCCACCCUGAGGAGAUGAACUUCAUUCGCAGCGAGGAACUGGGCGAACAGGUAUGGAUACCUGGACGGAUGCUGAGCGAUCCGAUCUUCAAGAAUGAACUUCUGCAUCUUGCCUAG